UUUUUUCCGUCUUUCGUUGUCCACUUUCAAAAUGGUGUAUCUCAACAGAGUUUUCGCGGGUGCGCUUCUAGCGUUGUGUGUUUGUGUAGGAGUAGAAGGCCAAUUCAGACGCACUCCACGGAUGAGGUACGAAACACCUUGCCAGUACCUUACAUCACGACCGACCCAAUGGCCUGAAAAUUCGGCACCUUUCGAGCUUUCUUCGCGGGGAUUACACAAUGAUGUCAGAAGAGGCAAACCCAUUGAAGUGCGUAUCCACCAGUGGGAGAACUCAAUCUACAGUUUCGAGAACUUCACCGACUUCGUCAUCUACGCAGAACCCGCUGUUGCCAACGCUGAAGUAGGAGCUCCCUGGAGGCCAGUGGGCGUGUUUUCUAUCUACCCUCAAUACGCGUCUGGAGGCGUCGGAUUCAGGUGUAACCGCGGAGCUCAGGGUUAUGACGCUGUAGGGAGUGUGGAAGAGCGCCAUCUUGAAGUUUACCGAAUGCGCUACCCUAACGACCCCAACCUUCGCCGGUACACCGCCAGACAGAGGAAGAGCGCAGCGUUCAUCUGGUUCCCGAGUGAAGGGGCAAUGAAGUCAGAGAAGAUUGUUUUCGUUGCUCUUGUCAAAAUCAAGAACGAGUGGUUCAGGCUGACCUCUCGUCCAUGGACUGUGUACAACCCACCAACCUUCUGGCAAACGUUCAAUCAGCAGAUGACACAGAUGCAGCGCAUGAAGGCGCGAAUGACGCAGGCUGAAAGGCAGGCCGCUGCAGCCGAGGCACAGGCCGCUGCAGGCGCUGCAUAGGAAAACACCACCAUCUCUGACAUUCGGAGCAGCUCGGAGGAUUCCCGGAGUCAUGUGAAGUGACAAGUGCGGCCGGAAUUAUCCGAAUGUAUAGGAAUCGGACGAAACUGAAUGACAAUCAAUGCAUAGGAACAAUGUUUGAUAAAUUUCAUCAUAUUAAUAUUCCAUUGAGUUUUGAUGUCUGGAUUUGGCUGUUGAUAAUACUGAAGUCUUAAAAUGAACUUUUGAACGUGUUUUCCAUGAAAAUAUGUCAUUCAUUGGCGAUAUAUAAUUACCUGUACUUCAAUUUUGUCACUAUGAAGAUGAAGAUGAAGUCAACAUUUUCAAUUCUAAUAUAUAUACUUUUAAUAUAAAAUGGUUUACUUGAAAAGUGUUUAUAACUUCAAUAAAAAUUUACGCUCACGUUUAUAACUUAUUUCAAAAUAAUUUUAGAAUAACACAACUCUCCAUAAAUUUGCAUAAUAGUAUGUGUUAGUUUUAAAAAUUCUCGUAAUUAGCGAAUAAGGUUUCGAUGUGAAAUAAUCCCCAAAACAACAUAUUAAUAGCGAUGACAUAAUGCCAUACACUUAGCUACUGUUAUAUAACUGCUUGUUCUUUGACAUGAUGUCGCUGUGAAUAGUUCACAGCGUAAUGUAGAAUGUGGCGAGGGAUGUUUAUUCACACUAUGCGAUCUACAAUUAGGUACAUGACUGUAACUUAUGCAAUAAAGAUAUUUUACACAA